AAGCGGUGAGCAAAUAUGACGUCAUCAUUUGCCAUCUAAACUAAUAACUCUUGGUAUCCAUAGAAACCACACAUAUAAAAAGGGAAAAAUACAGAGAUCAUAUGAAAGAAAGAAUAAAAAAUGGACUGGAAAAGGUUCUAGAAGGUUAUAAAGAAAGAGAGAUUCAGAAUAUGAUCAGAAUUUUCUUCGAGACGCGAUGAAAUAUUGCCUUAUAAAGUCAAGAGAAAAUGUGAUUUUCUCUUUAUAAACUUUCGAUCACUGAUCAAAUAUAUACGCAUUACUUUCAGGCGCUGAAAGUGAAGGGCCUCUAGAUUAUUGAUAUUCAACUUAUUUACAGAGAGUUGAGUUCUUGACAAAACUAGAAAAUUUUCAUGUUGCCAGAACUGUUUGGAUCUCACUGAAUUCUCGCCUUUUCCUUUUAGAGCAGUAUUCCGUUUUAAGUUCUUUGGUCGAAGAUGCAUCAAAUCGUGUCUUGCCUGCUGGUUUUCAGCAUCUUUAUUGUAACAAGCAAGGUUUCCGUAGCCGCACCGCAAAAAAUGCGUCAAAAAAUUCACAGUCCCGCCGCAAUGGCGMCAUGUCCUUCUGGUUGGACUACAUUCCCRGGUAGUUCUUCCUGUUACAAAUGGCACCAUACGACACUCAACUGGUACUCCGCCCGCAAAGCAUGCAUAGCAUUAGGAGGAGACCUGGUGACUAUUCUUUCGAAAAAAGAAAAUGAUUUCGUAUCAUUUCUGGCGAUGACGUAUAGCCAAACGGCCAUAUACAUUGGACUCAUUAGAGAUCGUCAGAAUAAUUUCAAGUGGGUAGAUGGCACACCACUAUCUGGUCAGUAUUCAAACUGGAAUAAAGGCGAACCUAAUAAUAUUCUUGAGCGUUGCGGAUUCAUGUUUUCAAGCAAAACUCACCUUGGGUUGUGGAAUGACGGCCAAUGCUCGAAAGCCCAUACCCUUGGAUACGUGUGUGAAAAGGAGAAGUGUUAGCCGCUAUCUCGGAGUCAAUAUAUUAUCAAAAUAUAUAUARAACAAAUGUAGAUAAAGUAUUAACUCUAACAGUAUCAUUCUAUGAAAAAGGCAAUAAAAUAAUAAAUAA